CCUGGCGUCACUUCCGCUGCCGGGGCCGGGCCGAGCGUGAGGGGCCGAGCGUGAAGGAGGUGGCGGGGACCGCGCGGGGCCGGGGCAGGAACAGAGUUUAUUAAAUUAUCUCAGCAACCAUGCUGGCUGCCAGGCUGGUGUGCCUGAGGGCACUGCCAUGCCAGGCUAUCCGCCCCACCAUUGCUCAGGCUCCCCCAGCCUUGAGGAGCUCCAAUAUAAAAGCAUACAGGCUGUGGCAGCCUAGCCAGAGUUAUUCCACCAGAGUAAGAACGGGUUCAAGGCGUGGAAAAUUUGGCCAGGAAAUGAAAGAUGCAGCAUUUGAGCCAUCUGCAGAAGCUGCACUUAAAGCUGAUCGCCUGGGGAAGUUUGUUGCUGCGGGAGGGGCUGCUGUUGGCCUGGGAGCCCUGUGUUACUAUGGAAUGGGCAUGUCUAGUGAGACUGGAGCUAUUGAAAGGGCUGCUAUUUGGCCACAGUAUGUGAAGGACAGAAUUCAGUCUACGUACAUGUACUUUGCGGGCAGCAUUGGCAUGACUGCUCUGUCUGCUGCAGUAGUGAGCAAAUCUCCAGCACUUAUGAACCUUAUGACAAAGGGCUCCUGGCUGGCAAUUGGUGCAACUUUUGCAGCUAUGAUUGGUGCUGGACUGUUGGUCAGGUCCAUAUCCUAUGAAAACAGCCCAAUAGCUAAACAUGCAGCAUGGAUGAUACAUUCAGGUGUCAUGGGUGCAGUGGUGGCUCCUCUAGCCUUCCUUGGUGGUCCUCUGCUGAUCAGAGCUGCCUGGUACACUGCUGGAAUCGUCGGGGGACUCUCAACUGUGGCCAUGUGUGCUCCCAGUGAAAAAUUUCUGAACAUGGGAGCACCCCUUGGCAUWGGCUUAGGUUUUGUUAUUGCUUCUUCAAUCGGAUCCAUGUUCUUGCCUCCCACCUCUGCUUUUGGCGCUGGCCUGUACUCGGUGGCAGUCUAUGGUGGCCUGGUGCUCUUUAGCAUGUUCCUGCUCUAUGAUACUCAGCUGGUGAUCAAACGGGCAGAAACUCUGCCCUUCUAUGGAGUGACAAAAUACGACCCCAUCAAUGCAUGCCUGGGUAUCUACACUGAUACACUGAAUAUCUUCAUUCGGGUGGCCUCCAUGCUUGCAGGUGGUGGAGGUGGCAGGAAAAAGUGAACAGAGACUCAUCUUUGCAACUGACUGCCUAUCURGUGCACAUAUUAAAUAAACAGUCAUGGUUAAAGCAGUAAUGCUCCAAGUGAGAAUUUUAAAGCAUUUCAGCAUAUUGGUUCAGUGCAAUGUGAUUCAGUCUUAGUUUUUCUUCAGACACUUUCCAGCUCUAUGUUUAAAAUAGUCUGAACUGCUUCUAAUUGUACAUUAUUUUGGUAAAUUAUUUUUAAUAUAUGAAUAAAAUAGUCCUACCUGUUUUUAAUGGGUUUGGCAGUUCAACUCUUACUUUCCCUUUUUUUUACUGUUGUUGCGUAGUAAAGAAAGUAAUUUUUGAACUGGUAUCCCAUAGGCAGGUAGGAGCACAAGCCACUUCAUGAAAUGCUGCUUAGAUGCAUCAGUUUUCAGUUAAGUUUCGUAAAUUUUAUUUCAGUGACAUCUUCAGAAGAACUGAAUGAAUUGAAUAUGCCACUAAAUGCAAUAAUGACUUUGACCUGGGCAGAAAUUUCAGAAAGGUUUAAGUAGUUGUCAGAAAUGCAUUGGAUUUGAUGGCUUAGGUGACCAAAAAGUGUAAAGGAGACAAGAUGUGGAAACUAUGCAGCCCUUAUCCCGCAUGAACUUCAGUCUCUGGAGUACACGAGAAUCCCUUGCUUUAAUGUUGACUGGCUAUAAUAGCUAGGUUAUUUUGAUACUAGAUUUAUAAAAUUGUUGGAUGUCAAUAUAGCUGUGUCUUUCUUCUGGUGGCUAGAUUUCUGCAACGCAGAUAAAGGCCUGUCCUUCGGAAAGGCUCCUAGUGCUCAUCUCUUGGAAGCUUGUACAAUUGGCACAUAAACUGGGAAUUGAGGAUGGCAUGCUGUAAACCCCAGGAUGAUAAAUUGUGUGCUUUAAACUGUUCAACUUUACUCCAAAUUGGCAUGUUAAAUGUGGUUUAAAAGAAAUGUUCCCUCACAUUGAAAUUGAUUAACAGUAAGAAAUUUAUACUUUACAAACUCCAUUGCUUAUGUUGGAAUGAAAGGUGAGUUCUUGGGCCAAGUAAAUUUUGACCUAAUGUCAACAGCUCCGAUUUUGAGUUUCUGGUAAAUAUGCUAUGUUUAUGUAUUGACCUAUGAACAAUAAAAUUCUAGCCUCACAA